GUUCAACAAGUAGUAGGUGCAACAGUUGACUGUGUUCCGAUUCUGAUUCAGCAACUCAAACGGUUUCCAGGAAUAUAUUUUAAAAGACAUCCACAUCGCCAACGACCCGCGCACUAAUCCCGAGCUCAUCCGGACAACCGGCUGUAUGAACAUGAAGGCCGACAUCCUAGCGCUCUGCAUCCUGGCCACCACGAUCCUGUGCAGCAGGACACGUCACGUCGCCGGCUUCCUGACUGCACAGACCUCCGCCAACGGAGGAGCAGGCGGAGCUAGCGGAGCCAAAGUGGGUGACCACCAGGGCGUGGCGUCCGGACCACAGCGUCUGCACUUGCCCAUUUUGGGGGUCGGGGGCGGACCCGUUCGCCAUGAACCCCAUCUAUCCGGUGACGUCCUGGAGGCCCAGGAGCGAGCUGUUUACGAUCCCGGCGAUGAAUUACUCCGCGCCCAGGAGCUCGAAUUGGCGGUGGUUCCUCCGGGCCCCGACUACGCCGAUGCCGUGUACAAUGAACUCGAGCUGGCCAGCAAGUUCGAGGUGCUCAAGAAGAUGGAGGAGGACUUGCGGGCCGAGCAGGAGCUGGUGGACAAAUCCGCUUUGCUCAUGAAAAUGCUGGAGGAUCCGUCGUUGGAAACCUUGCCCUUGGUCUACGUGGAGGAGGAGGAGCCGGAGGCCGUGAUUCCUUCCGCCGGAGCCGAGGACUACGCCGACUUGGAGAACGCCGUUCAGGAUUUGGUUUUGGGCCAGAGCAAAUCCAAGCGUUCGCGCUAUUAUCGAAGGUAUCCGUGGAAACGCCACAACAAGAAUCGCGGUUCUUACAUGAAUUCUAUCAACAGCAACUAUGAACCGGAACUGCGAUAUGCCUGCACACCAAGUAAGGAGGACAUCUUCAAGCUGCUGGUCAAUCUGCACGAGAACCGCAAGGGCAACCACAGCAAGACGGUCAACUUCUGCAACCGGAAGCGUCCGGCCAAGGCGGUCUUCACCAACAUCAGGUUCCUGGGCUAAGGCUGAGGCUAAGGCCAAGGCAGGAUCUAGGAUGGAAGGAUCUAGUAACCCACACAGACACAGAGACACGACACUGACAGACACAUAUGUAU